CGAGUAUACAAAUACAAUUAACGAUUGUAACGACUGUAUGAUGUUUCAAUUUUAUGUGCUCCCGCGUUUACAAAAUUGAUGACGAGACUUCUAUAAUUUAAUAGUGUUACACAAUGCGAGUAAAGUUACAAUUAAUGCAGGUGGGAUUAAUUGAUUAUCAUGCUAUACGAUACACGCGCGCGAACGAUUCUUAUAAUCAUUCGUCGAAAAUGCUUCUACAUGUGACGUUGCUAUAUUUGACAAAUAUUAAUAUUUUUUCUAGAAUUAAAAAUUUCGCAUUUUUUAGCGAAACAUCGAGAAUAGCUAGGUAAUCUCUCGAUAUAUAUUCAUCUAUAUUUAUCAGUCAAAUUAUUGAGACUAUAAUAUAUUUUUAAGUCUCCAGAAUUCGCAAAAACAAAUGAAAGGAUAGCAAAUUUUUCAUUACUUUGUGCCGACGUGGCAGCACGUGAUGGCCGGUGAUGGCAGCUGGCACGUUAACAACCGCUGGUACGAUCGUUACGACUCGAUCACUGCGCUCAUAAUUUUCUGUACAAAUCAUGAUAACAUAACCUGCCAAAGCUUGGCAAAGCUUUUCGCCGAUUUUCGUAUCAACAAUACAACAAGGAUGGUUUUCUUGUCGUUAAAUCUCUUAACCAGAGCCCGCGGGCCGGACGAAUUUUGGCGAAAACGAAAAAUAUUCAAGCUUGCCGCGCAUUAUAUGGGAAGAAGGAGAAAUUGUUACAGUAUAGCUAUCAAAAACGUACAUCGAGCUCUGAUGUACUGCACUCGAGGUAGAAAACUGAAGAAGGAAGAUAUGAAAGAGUUGCGGGAACAAAGGAUAGAAGCUGCUACAAAUGAACACAGUUUAAAUUUCGCGACCCUUAAAGAAGGAUUAACACGAUGUAACAUUCUAUUGAAUCGAAAAUCACUGACCGACUUGGCAAUUUGGGAACCUCGCUCUUUCAAAGCCAUUACGGAUAUCGCAUGCGCAAGAGCAAAGCAAGACAAUUUGAAGGCUACGAUGAAUAUUGAAGUACCAAAGAGCAUUAUUGUAAGGGGUUUAAUUAAAUAAUUGUUCACAAGAAUAAGUAUAAAAUGA